GGACCCCGCUCCCCGCCUUCGAACGGGGCCCGCGGAGCGCCGCGGGGCAGCGCAGCCCGGCGGGCCCGGCACUCGGCGGGCAUGAGCGCCCUGCCGCUCCUGCUGCUCUCGCUCUGCUGGAGCCUGGGGCGGGUGAAUGGUGUCCAUCCAGAAUGCAGAUUUCAGCUGGAGAUUCACAAGGAGGAAACCAGGUGCAUGGAGCUUCUAAAGAAUGCAAAGCCAGUGGACUACAAAGGAUGUGUUGGAGUUUGGGAUAACAUCACCUGUUGGCGUCCUGCGAAGAUUGGAGAGACUGUCACUGUCCCUUGUCCAAAAGUAUUUAGCCUUUUUUCUGGCAAACCAGGAAAUAUUAGCAAAAAUUGUACAAGUAAUGGAUGGUCGGAUAUAUUUCCUGACAUCUUAAGUACUUGUGGAUAUAAUGACUACGAAGACGAUUAUAAGGUCAACUUCUAUGUGAGGGUGAAAGCAAUUUAUACCCUUGGGCACAGCGUAUCUCUGAUUGCUCUUACAACAGGAAGUAUAAUUCUUUGCCUUUUCAGAAAACUUCAUUGUACUCGGAACUACAUCCAUCUGAACCUGUUCCUCUCUUUCAUUCUAAGAGCAAUCUCUGUUUUAGUCAAGGAUGAUAUUCUUUAUUCCAGCUCCAACACAGCUCACUGUCCAGAGGAUCAAACCUCAUGGGUGGGCUGCAAGGCAAUUCUGGUGUUUUUUCAGUAUGGUGUUAUGGCAAACUUUUACUGGCUCUUAGUGGAGGGACUUUACCUCCACAUCCUCCUUGUGCUAAUAUUCUCCCCCAACAGACACUUCACAAUCUACCUGCUGAUAGGAUGGGGAAUUCCUACGAUAUUCAUUAUUACGUGGACAGUGACACGGAUCAUUCUAGAGGACACUGGUUGCUGGGAUACAAAUGAGCAUGGUGGUCCCUGGUGGGUUAUACGAAUACCAAUUUUAAUUUCUAUUAUAGUGAAUUUUAUACUUUUCAUAAGCAUUAUAAGAAUCUUGCUGCAGAAGUUAAGAUCUCCAGAUGUCGGAGGAAAUGACCAGUCACAGUACAAGAGACUUGCAAAAUCCACUUUGUUGCUUAUUCCAUUAUUUGGAGUUCACUACACUGUGUUUGCUCUAUUUCCUGACCGCAGUUCCAACAAUUAUAAAAUAAUCUUUGAGUUGUGUUUGGGAUCUUUUCAGGGGUUGAUUGUUGCAGUCCUGUAUUGUUUUUUGAACAGUGAAGUGCAGGGGGAGCUGAAAAGAAAGUGGCGGAGUUUGUGCUGGAAGCAGACAGCGGGCAGAGAUUACAGACUCCACAGCUCGUCCAUUUCUAGAAAUGGAUCAGAAAGUGUUUCCCAGCUCCACCGGAAUUCAAGAGCUCAUUCAUUUAUGCAGACAGAGACCACCAUGAUAUAAAUGAGCUAGGUCCCCCCAAACACGAAAAACUGUGGAUAUAUCAUUCAUUAUACAGCUUGAUGUGGUAUUUUAUAAAAUGUACAGUUUAGUGCUUUGCUUUUCUACAUGUUGGUAUUUGGGGAAUUGGUUUGUGCAGCCAAGCUGUUAAUAGCAGAGAAGCCUGCCCCAUGGAUGCUUUCUGUUUUGUUCAAAUGGUAUUCAUAUUAAUUCUGAUGUUCUCUUGCAGUUUAUUGUCUGUAACAAUUCAAAAACUCAUUUUCCAUAAAGGUCCCUUUACCUUCCAAAAUGGCUACAAGAUCCAUGCAUGGUAUCCUGCUCAAUGCAGACUUCUUUGGCACAAGUAAGGGUUAAGAUGGGAAGCAAGAAAAUUUCUUACACUUUAUUUAUACUUAAGGAAACAUUGCCUUAAGGGUUAGGAAAUUAUUUUCUAAUUAUGGAAAAUAAAAUU